CACUGAGCUGAGAGCAAUGAAUCCUUCUGCCCCCCCUGAGGCUUUACCACUGCAGCACAGUGGACAUCAAUGGACCUCUGGGCAGUCUGGGAAUCCCGGCAUGAUUCAGUACACCACUGUUAACAUCCCUCCUGAGCCGCCAAAAGACCAUCUCAUCUGGUCGCUCUUCAACUUGGUCUACGGAAACAUUUGCUGUCUUGGAUUGGGGGCUCUCGUUUUUUCUGUCAAGGCCAGAGACCGGAAGGUGGUCGGAGAUCUGAGCGGCGCCCAAAGUUACUCCUCCACUGCUCGCGUUCUCAACAUUGUGGCAACAACCCUGAUGAUUUUGGGAAUCCUUAUUUUCAUAAUUAUUUUUGCUAUCCAAGUACACUUCUAUUUAGCUUAUAAAAACCGUAAUACCCUUAUUGAUCACUUGCAGCCCCUUUACAAAUGGAACCCCCCCCUCAUCCCUCAGUGAGGUCUAGAAGCACAAGAUCUAUGUCCAUCCAUUCAGCAUAGAUCCUGCUACACGGCUGUACAUUUAAUUUUGGCAUUUGAACAAUCAGAUUAUCCCUUGAAUGAUUGAUUACCUACUGGAAAUUAGGUUAGAAAAAGAAAGUUAACAAGUCAAGAGAAAAAGGUAGAAAGUUAAUUGAAUAGU